GACGGGGCGGAGUGCCGUAAGUCGCAGUGUUUUGGGCAGAAGGAGGUCAUUAGAAAGUGAGGCGGAAGAACGGGCAGGUUUUCGGGGACACACAGACUGUCAGUGCCGGCGUAGUUUAACAUUCAUUAUUCAACACCCGUGUGUAGCUUGUUAAACCGCUGCUGAAAUGCUUCGACUCAUUCUGCGGCUCAGGCCGUCCUCCGGGCUGCCGUGUCCCCGUGCCCUCCCCACCGGGCCUGCUGCUCUCGGCUCCCGGUCUCUGCCCGGUACCGGCUGCGUGAGGCGGCUUCACCGUGGAGCAGCGUCCCGGUCCCCGGGAUGUCUGAGCUCCAGCCUCCCUCACAGAGCGACUGUGCUGUGGCGCCCGCAGCUGGUGGGCGGCUGUCAGGCGCCGCGCUUCUACAGUCUUCCGCCGCAUCAGAAGGUGGAGCUUCCCGCGCUGUCGCCCACCAUGCAGAUGGGAACGAUUGCUCGCUGGGAGAAGAAGGAGGGAGAUAAAAUCGGUGAGGGCGACCUCAUUGCUGAGGUGGAGACUGACAAGGCCACUGUAGGCUUCGAGAUGCUGGAGGAGUGUUACCUGGCUAAGAUCCUGGUCGCUGAAGGAACCAGAGAUGUCAGCGUUGGGGCCGUGAUCUGCAUCACAGUGGAUGACCCUGAACUCAUCGCAGCCUUUAAGGACGUAACGUUGGAUUCCCUCAAAGCAGCAGGUGGCGCUCCUUCACCUGCUGCCUCCGCUCCUCCAUCUUCUGCUGCUGCUGCUCCUGCAGCCCCUGGCAGCUCUUACCCCACACACUUAAAGAUCACUCUGCCCGCGCUGUCUCCCACUAUGACGAUGGGAACAGUGCAGCGCUGGGAGAAGAAGCUCGGAGAGAAGCUGAGUGAAGGCGAUCUGUUGGCUGAGAUCGAGACUGACAAGGCAACCAUCGGCUUUGAGGUGCAGGAGGAGGGAUAUUUGGCCAAAAUCAUGGUUCCGGAGGGAACUCGAGAUGUUCCACUGGGAACACCGCUCUGCAUCAUUGUAGAAAAAGAGAGUGACAUUGCUGCCUUCAAGGAUUACGUAGAAACUGGGGUGGCAGAGGUUUCCACACCUCCUCCAGCUCCUGCUCCAACGCCCCCUGCAGCUCCAAUUGCUGCAGCUCCCAGUCCUGCUCCUGCAGCUGCUGCCCCUGCAGGAACCAGGAAAGGACGCAUGUUUGUCAGCCCACUCGCCAAGAAACUGGCUUCUGAGAAAGGAAUUGACCUGGCUCAGGUCAGCGGUUCUGGUCCUGAUGGACGAGUCACCAGGAAAGACAUUGAAAGCUUUGUUCCACCAAAGGCUGCACCAGCUGUAGCUCCUGCUGCUGCUGCUGCUGCUGCACCACCUGCAGCUCCAGCUGCUGCUGCUGUCACUGGGACCUUCACAGACAUCCCCAUCAGCAACAUCCGCAAGGUCAUCGCUCAGAGGCUGAUUCAGUCCAAACAAACAAUUCCUCACUAUUAUCUGUCUGUAGACGUCAACAUGGACCAAGUCCUCGAGCUCCGGAAAGAGCUCAACGCUGAAGUCAAAGCCCAGAAUAUCAAACUGAGUGUGAACGACUUCAUCAUCAAAGCCAGCGCUCUGGCCUGCCUCAAAGUCCCAGAGUGUAAUUCUUCCUGGAUGGACACAGUGAUCCGUCAGAACCACGUGGUGGACGUGAGCGUCGCAGUGAGCACAGUCAACGGUCUGAUCACACCCAUCGUGUUUAACGCUCACACCAAAGGUCUGGCCUCCAUCUGCUCUGACGUGUCUGCGCUCGCUGCCAAAGCAAGAGACGGAAAACUGCAGCCGCACGAGUUCCAGGGAGGAACGUUCACGAUCUCUAACCUGGGAAUGUUUGGCAUCAAGAACUUCUCAGCGAUCAUCAACCCUCCUCAGGCGUGUAUCCUCGCCGUCGGAGGCUCAGAGAAACGACUGAUGCCUGCUGACAACGAGAAAGGGUUUGAUGUCGCCAGCAUGAUGUCGGUGACUCUGAGCUGUGACCACCGCGUGGUCGACGGAGCCGUCGGCGCUCAGUGGCUCGCUGAGUUCCGCAAGUUCCUGGAGAAACCUGUGACUAUGCUGUUGUGAUCAGACUGUAGUCAUUAAAGUUGGCCUGCCGCUCAUGUGACCUGAGUGGUCUAAACCAGUGUGGAUCCUCCUGUGAUUGGCCAGCCUGACACCAGGCCACUCCCACUUCCCCAGAAGAAGAGGAGACAGAACGCACUCCGUUUACUCUGUCUCUGUCUUCUUCUUCUUCCCUCGCUCUCUCACUCAUGUUCUAUUUAUUGACGCCCAAUCUAACAAAAGACACAAGAAUUAAGUGUAAUAAGACCUAAUUAUGGCGAUUAUGUGUCACGAAAGGGAAGUGUUACAUUAUCCAACUUUGUGUGUGUGUGUGUUGUGUGACUAUGAUAAAGAUGAGGGAGGAGCAUCUGUUCUUUGGCGUCAGUUUUGUGGCUGUGGUUUUUGUCUGGAGAUGGACAAGAGGGGCGGAGCUAAAUGUACAUUUAUAAGAGUCCAGACAGACACACACACACACAUAUAUAUAUAUAUAUAAAUAAAUAAAUAUGUAUAUGGUGGUUGAGCAGUUAACUCUGUUAAAGCCUCACUACGUAGAUCAUAUGUGUACAGAACUAAAUGACAACAAACAAGAAACUUAACACUUUUGCCAUUUCUGUGUCUUCAGGUAGAAAAACGUGUUCUUUUCUAUUUUCUGAGUCAAACACUUUCUCUGUCACAGCUGAAACGCACAAAGCUGCUGCCGCUGCUGGAUAUGAUUUGUUAUUUGAAUAAAUUGGUAAAGUUAA